AUGGAGGGCAACUUAGGGCAAUGCUGGAACAAAGUGAGUCUUCAGCUUCAGUGUGACAAAAGAGAGAUCACAGCACAGGUUGGAGGUUAUUUCAAAAUUGCCUGCAAGUAUGAUACCAGUUCAUUACUCUUUAGUAAAAAGUACUGGUGUCGUGGGGCCUCCAGAAAUACCUGUGAGAUUUUGGUGGACUCAGAUGGAGUAGCCAGGACGUCUUACACUCACAGGUCCCACGUGCACGAUGCAAGAAGACAAGGGCUGUUUGUGGAAGUCACAGAUCUCCGGUUGGAUGACUCUGGGGUGUACUGGAUUGGGAUUGACAAAAUAUAUGCUGACAUCAUGGUUUCAAUCACUGUGGUUAUCACAGAAGUCCCACCAUCGAAGCCCCGGCUUUGGCCGUUGACCUCUCUGGCGGACAGGCAGACCUGUUGGGGGGGGCCGGUGACCGUGCGGUGUGACAGUGAAGAGGGCACUGGGAUUCACUACGCCUGGCAUCAGCCCGCUCCCCACCAAGAACCCCAGCUCCACUCGUCUGAAUUAAGGCUAGACUGCGGAACAGUGAGAGACGGCAGCUACUUCUGCUCUGCCAGCAAUGACGCGGGCAGCAGCCAGAGCGAUGCCCUCUCUCUGCAGGUCCUGAUGCCCACAGACACUAGCGACUGCAUCUAUGUGGUUGAUAUUCCGGGCCAGCCGGUUUAUGACUGUGCCGACAGAAUGAGCACAGCGCCAGCCAGACCUCUGCCCAUGACAACCUGCAAAGCUGCCAUGACAACCCACGCCAGAGUCAAUGAAACCGUCCGAGAGGCCUUUCCCAACAGGACACGGACCGGGUUGCCCCUCUGGUACGAGGCCCUGCGUUGGGGGGCUUUUGCCUCCCUGCUGGUCACUCUGUACGCCGUCACCAAGUGUACAAAAACAGCCCCCGAGCCGCAGAACAACAAUGGAAAGAAGUUUACAGGCACAUUUUAUAGUGCCCUGUGCUCUAAUGAGGUCACUCUCCGGACGUUAUGA